AUGACAAUGACCGAAGCUGGACAACGAGUCCAACCUAACCUCAGCAGAUUCUCAGAGGCCACCAUUGUUCGGGCCUUCAGAGAACACAACAGGGUCAGAGGGGACCAAGGCGUAGAGAAUGUAGACAUUGCAAGGUGCAUGUUCUCUGUCCGUGGCUGUGGUAGGGGAAGUUACAUGUCUGGCAAAAGUGUGCAUAACCAAAGAAUAGAACGGCUGUGGCGUGAUAUCUGGAUGUCAGUCACAAAUAUCUUUUAUGAUGUUCUGCAUACCCUUGAAGAGGAAGGUUUACUGGAUCCAUCCAACAGCUUGCACUUGUUCUGUGCUCAGUAUGUGUUCUUGCCAAGACUUCAGGCCAGCCUUGAUGCCUUUACAAAUGGUUGGAAUAAUCAUCCCAUCCGCACAGAAGGGAAUUCAUCCCCAAACCAGAUGUGGGAACUGGGAUUCCUUAGUAGUCCUGUACCUCCCCCAGAAAAUAUGCAGUAUAUGCAAGGCCUUGAUCUUGACAACACUACUACUACACUCCCUGAAGAGUUGUCCGGGGGGAUUGUUGUUCCACCUGUUGAAUGCCCACUUACUGAGGAACAGAAGGCAGAACUUGAAAGAGCCAUACCACCGACAGCACCUUCACAGCAGCAUGGACAGGAUAUUUACUUGGUGGUACUAUAUUAUGUUAUGCAUCGUUAA